UAAAAAUGAAUAAUAAUUUGGGUAAUAAUAAUGGCUGCUAUGGAAUCGGUGAAAUCGAAGAGGAAAAAGAAUUUUUACAGCACCCUAAACCGCCAGUGAAGUUGCCUAGACGAUCUAAAGAAAGUGUAGCCUUCCACCGAGAUCCAUUUAAUAAACCAGAAUUGGUUCAUACACUCAAAGGCCGAGAACUAAUUAUUUUUACAAUUCUCUACAUUAUUGGUGUAGUUGGAAUUGUUAUUCUUUUUGAACAUGUAAUGCCUGUAAUUUUUAUUGAUGAAAAGAUGUUAGCUGAGCAAAAUCGUAGGUCAAAGAUAUAUUUGGCAAAUCAAAUGUUAUCAUAA